CAGGAACAGCCAGCCACCUGCGCUUCUACACCUUCCGGCGAUCAUAUAUUUCCCGGCCGCAGUCUACACCUUCUCGCCGGUUGGUUUGGUUCAUCAGUAGUCGAUCCAUCACAGCUCGGCGGACCUCCAUGACGAAGCACCAGAGAGCACCGGCGGACCGGCUCGUGUCCCUCUCCCUCUCGCUCUCGCUCUCCCUCGGCGCCAUCGCCGACCGCAACACCAAGAGGACGCGCCGCACCGCCGCCGCCGGUGGGGAGUUCGUGUGCAAGACGUGCGACCGGUCGUUCCCGACGUUCCAGGCGCUCGGCGGGCACCGCACCAGCCACCUGCGAGGCCGCCACGGGCUCGCGCUCGCCCUCGCCGGGACCGGGCCGGAGCCCAGGAAGGCCACGGACCAGAAGCAGGGGCACCAGUGCCACGUCUGCGGGCAAGCGUUCGAGAUGGGCCAGGCGCUCGGCGGCCACAUGCGCCGGCACCGCGAGCAGGAGGCCGCCGCCGCCGCGGUGGCGCAGGCGCCGCCCGUUCUGCUCGAGCUGUUCGUCUAGAUUGGUGAAUGGUUAAUUAGAGUUCUACUAGGACAGAGUUCUUGAUUAACAUGUGUAGUGUACGUACGCGAUUGGUUUGUACGUUUCUACACGCAGACACACUCGUAGCUAGCUAUUGAUCGUUGGUUCAUUCAUUCGUCUACUUUUGUACUACACAUAUUGGUGACUUGUUCAUUCAUUCAUUGGUACGGAGAUUAUAUAUACACGUUAACUCAUUUG